UUUAUUUUAUAAUAAUCCAAUCUUUACCCUUAGUUUGCUAUCAACAUACCUGAUAUGUAGUCCAUGUCCGUCCUUAUCGGUUACCGCUAGUGGUAGGAAUUGAAAGAAUCUUCGUCUUUUGUUGAACCGCCUUAAUAAGAGAAGAAAAGUAGCUUUCGCCGUAAGGGUUAGGUUAAGCUAUUUCAUUUUUACACGUGGCAAUUUCUGAUUCGAAGGAAUUUUAUUGUUUACUUAAUUCAGUCGGUUUACAAUUUCUUUAAAUUGCCCCUUUUCUUCGAGGAUUUUUCGUCAUCUGUUUCUCUUCAACUUUCCGUUUCUCAAUCCAAUUUCCAAUCAAUCUUUAAUUCUCUCAAGAUGCAAAUCUUCGUGAAAACCCUUACUGGCAAAACCAUUACUCUCGAGGUCGAGAGUUCUGACACCAUCGACAACGUCAAAACCAAGAUCCAAGACAAGGAAGGAAUUCCCCCAGAUCAGCAACGUUUGAUCUUUGCUGGAAAACAACUCGAAGAUGGCCGUACUCUUGCCGACUACAAUAUCCAGAAGGAAUCCACUCUUCACUUGGUCCUUCGUCUAAGGGGAGGCAUGCAAAUAUUCGUCAAGACUCUCACCGGAAAGACCAUCACCCUCGAGGUAGAGAGUUCUGACACCAUUGACAAUGUCAAGACUAAGAUCCAAGACAAAGAGGGAAUUCCCCCAGACCAGCAAAGAUUGAUCUUUGCUGGAAAGCAGCUUGAAGAUGGCCGUACGCUUGCUGAUUACAACAUCCAGAAGGAAUCCACUCUUCACUUGGUCCUUCGUUUAAGGGGAGGAAUGCAGAUUUUCGUUAAGACUCUCACUGGAAAGACCAUAACAUUGGAAGUUGAGAGUUCCGACACUAUUGACAACGUCAAAACCAAGAUCCAAGACAAGGAGGGAAUUCCCCCAGAUCAGCAAAGAUUGAUCUUCGCCGGAAAGCAGCUUGAAGAUGGUCGUACAUUGGCAGACUAUAACAUUCAGAAGGAGUCAACUCUUCACUUGGUUCUCCGUCUGCGUGGUGGUAUGCAGAUCUUUGUCAAGACCCUUACCGGGAAAACCAUCACAUUGGAGGUAGAGAGUUCUGAUACUAUUGACAACGUGAAAACCAAAAUUCAGGACAAGGAAGGGAUUCCCCCAGACCAGCAGAGGUUGAUUUUCGCUGGCAAGCAGCUGGAGGAUGGCCGUACUUUGGCGGAUUACAACAUCCAGAAGGAGAGUACCCUCCACUUGGUGCUUCGUUUGAGGGGAGGAAUGCAGAUAUUUGUCAAGACCUUAACUGGGAAGACCAUUACCUUGGAGGUGGAGAGCUCGGAUACCAUUGAUAAUGUUAAGACCAAGAUUCAGGAUAAGGAGGGGAUUCCCCCAGACCAGCAGCGUUUGAUUUUUGCUGGUAAGCAGCUUGAGGAUGGACGUACCUUGGCUGAUUAUAACAUCCAAAAGGAGUCCACUCUUCACCUUGUCCUUCGUCUCCGUGGUGGUUUUUAAGCUCUCGUAGCUUGUGGUCGGUUUUAAGCUUUUCAUGGUGGUUGAAUUUUCAAACUCUGUUCAGUAGUAGUUUUCCUAUUAUGCUUGCUGAAAUGUUAUUGAACUACUGGAUAUCAAUUACAAUAAUUGGUACCCUUUUCUAUGUUUCUGCAGUUUAUGUGAAUAAAUCUUAGUUUGUGUUGAAAA